AAGAUCCUCGCAGUAGGCGAUGAGGACGCGGUGCGAUCCCAAGCUGUCGCCUUCUCCGAAACCCAGACUGUCGACCUUCGAAAUCGCUUCCUCCUCCCUACCUUUCUUGACUCGCACGUCCACAUAUCCCUGCAGGGCGUCGGCCUGGAGAAGGUGGAUCUGGAUGGGUGCUCCUCACUCGAGGAGAUACAAGGACGGUUGAGAGAUGGCAUUGCUGCUGCUGGUGGGGACCGGGGGGAGGUGCUGCGUAUCCAGGCAAAACGAUUCGUUCCACAGAUGCUUGGACGUGGGCGUGAAGAUGGCAUGAGGAGGGAAUGGUUGGAUGAAUGCAGUGAAGGGGGCAAAGUCGGGAUCGUCGUUGAGGCGAGGGAUUUGCAUAGCAGCUGGCUCUCCACGGCCGCCCUGUCCUCCCUCGGCAUCACCCCGGACACGCCUGCACCGCCCGGGGGUAGCAUCGAUUUCCCCUCUGGCGUCCUCGAGGAAUCCGCUCAUUUCACGUACGUCUGGUCCCACCUUCCCCGCCUCUACACCGAUGCGCAACGUUCUGCCACGCUGCUACGCGCUCUACACUCCUGGCUCGAGCAGGGAGUCGGGACAGUCGUGGAUAUGGCCAUGAAUGAGGACGAUCUGCGGCUGUUGCGUGGGAUAUGUAGGGAGAGAGGGGGCAGGUUGCCCUGCAGGGUUGUGGCACAUUGGCUCGUCCAGCCGACGGGGACGCAGGAAGAGGAUGUGAAGCAGGUGCGGAGGGCAAAAGAGCUUCAGGCCGAGCUGGAGGCAGAGGGGUGUACGGACUGGUUGCGCAUCACGGGCAUCAAGAUCAUUGGGGAUGGCGUGAUUGACUCAUGCACCGCCGCUCUCCACCAACCCUACGCCUCAGGCCGCUUAACGCAGCCCAUCUGGCCCCUCUCCCGCCUCGCACCCGUCUGCAUCCUCGCCGACUCACUGGACCUCCAGCUCGCCAUCCACGCCAUAGGCGACUUGGCCGUGGACAACGCCCUCGACGGCAUAGAGGCGGCCGUGCGCUCCAAUGGCCCGCGAGUCGAGGGCGUUAGAAGACAUCGCAUCGAGCACCUCGAGCUCACACGCGCGGCAAGCGUGCCCCGCCUUGCGCAGCUGGGGGUCAUUGCGUCGAUCCAGCCCGUGCAUGCUUGCCCCUCUGUUCAGGGAAACUGGCGCGCCCAGCUCGGUGGAGAGAAGGACCCACACCAACGCUGCACAAGAGCGUAUGCAUAUUCUGACUUUCUCCAGCAAGGCGUCAAGCUGGCGCUGGGUACCGACGCGCCCACUACAGCCUAUAGCGCGCUAGAGAAUUUGUACGUCGCCCAGACGCGCAAGGCGCCUCGCGAUGCCAGCCUCCCGCCGACGGAGCCGCAGUGGGCCCUCCCGCUGCUCGAGGCCGUGCAGGGUGCCACGAGGGGUGGGGCUUAUGCCUGUCGUGCGGAGGACAAGGUGGGCAGGCUCGAGGCGGGGAUGUAUGCCGAUUUUGCGAUACUGGACGUGGAUGUCAUUGCGCAAGGGGGUGGAGAGGGCCUGGUGACCGCGCGCGUCGAGGAGACGUGGAUUGCAGGGAAGAGGGCGUGGAAGCGU